CUGUUGGGUUGGGAAAUCGACAAAUCCUUCCUCACUCGAGAAGGACAAUGGUGCGGCUCGUCGGUUCCCUCCCCUCCUCCCCUGCCGGGGCUGCCUCAGCUUCUGCCUGAGGGAAAGGCGCAAAAGCGCAAGCGCCGGGGAGACGCUCCAUUGGCCGCCUCCUCCCCGCUAAGGCCCGGCGCUCCACGCAAUUAUACUGAGCCAGGCGCGCCUUUUCGAGGCGAGAGAAGGGGAAAGAGUUUGCUCGCGCCGUCAGUGCAGCUGCUGGUCCGGGGAAGCCGCUGCUUACCUUCCUCCGCUGCCUUAAUCGUAGCAGCAGCAGCAGCGAGCUCGGCUGACGGAGCGAGGCCGCCGAGAUGUUCGUGGCGCGCAGCAUCGCGGCCGACCACCGCGACCUCAUCCACGACGUUUCCUUCGACUUCCACGGGCGGCGCAUGGCGACCUGCUCCAGCGACCAGAGUGUCAAGGUUUGGGACAAAGGUGAAAAUGGAGAAUGGCACUGUACUGCUAGCUGGAAGACACAUAGUGGAUCUGUGUGGCGUGUUACAUGGGCACAUCCAGAGUUUGGACAGGUCUUGGCUUCCUGCUCUUUUGACAGAACAGCUGCUGUAUGGGAAGAAAUAGUAGGAGAAUCAAAUGAUAAACUUCGAGGGCAAAGUCAUUGGACAAGGAGAUGUGUGAUUUCUACCAACUUCUCUCCACCUGCAGUCCCACAUCGCAUAUCCUACACCAAUCUCAAGAGUUCCUCAACUCUCAGGAGCAGAUUUUUGGGAGGUGUAGGGAGUUGCAGAGAGGAGGUGAAGAGGACUACUUUGGUUGACAGUAGGACAUCAGUUACAGAUGUAAAGUUUGCUCCUAAGCAUAUGGGCCUCAUGCUGGCAACAUGUUCAGCAGAUGGAGUUGUUAGGAUAUAUGAAGCACCAGAUGUUAUGAAUCUCAGUCAGUGGUCACUUCAGCAUGAAAUCUCAUGUAAACUAAGCUGCAGUUGUAUUUCUUGGAAUCCUUCAAGCUCUCGCGCUCAUGCACCUAUGAUAGCUGUAGGAAGUGAUGACAGCAGCCCAAAUGUACUGGCAAAAGUUCAGAUUUAUGAAUACAACGAAAAUACCAGGAAGUAUGCAAAAGCAGAAACACUUAUGACAGUCACAGACCCUGUGCAUGAUAUUGCAUUUGCUCCAAACCUGGGAAGGUCCUUCCAUAUAUUGGCUGUAGCUACCAAAGAUGUGCGAAUUUUCACAUUAAAACCACUAAGAAAGGAACUGACUUCUUCAUCAGGCCUGACAAAAUUUGAGGUCCAGUUAGUGGCUCAGUUUGAUAACCACAAUUCUCAGGUCUGGCGUGUAAGUUGGAACAUUACAGGCACAGUGCUUGCAUCUUCAGGAGACGAUGGGUGUGUAAGGCUUUGGAAAGCUAACUACAUGGACAACUGGAAGUGUACUGGAAUUUUGAAAGGUAAUGGGAGUCCAGUCAAUGCUAGUUCCGCUCAGCAGGGAGUUUUUAAUGCUCCUUUAGGCACAGCCAAUUCAAGCCUCCAGAAUUCAGUAAACGGAACAUCUGCUGGCAGAAAGCACAGCUGAACCCAAGCUAACUGGAGUAACUUUGCUGUUUUGCUGCUUGUUGCAUGCACACAGGAAUGGAAAGCGAACUCCUUUUCCCCCUCCCCAGCGCCGUUUGACCUCUUUCCAAGACACCAGCAGUCUGCCUACUACUAAAAGCAAAUCAAAAGGCUCUAUUAAAAAACACUGUAUGCGUACUUUGCUAGCCAGCACAGUAUGACCUUGUUGGAAUCUGUGGAAAAAAACAGUAACAGGGAGAGUUUUCUUGUGGAGACACUUCUCCUCUUUCUCUUCAGAAAAAGUUUUUUUUAUAUAAAUCAGAGUGGGGGAAGUUCACCCAAGUAACAAGGAUUACCAUCCUUUAUAUUUGAGGUGUUGGGCGGGGAAAGUAUUAGUGUGAAGCCUCGGUAAUCAGUUGGUUUUCAUUUAAAUUGCUUUGAAUAAUUGCUUUUGUUCUACAUUUUGUUCAGAUGAGUCUUAACCAUUACAUUUUUGUUAAUGGAUUUGCAGUGUGCAAACUUAACUAAGCAAUGUAAGCAUUGUUGUACCUUGACAGUUGUACAGUUAGUAUCUUAAUUUGGAAUUGCUUCACAAUUAAUUAAAUACUAUUUCAGAGUAAACAAACAAAAAAAUCACCAGAAGCCCCCACACUAAUUAAUGUCAUACUUUUAGUGAGAAUGAUCUUACCUGAUAGUUGCAUGUUCCUGUGGCAUGAUUCCAUGGAAUAAUUAGCAAGACUUCCUUUGGUCACAAUAUUGUAGUGGAGAACCAUAUCCAUAUGAAUGUUUGUCAUGUGGCAUUGGCAAGUUGCUCUGGAAUUAUUGUCCAUUGCCUUUAAGAUGCUUCAUGCAUUACAUAGUGAGGACACACACUGCUUCUGUGCAAUUGAGUUACUGCUCUGCAACAGACUGAAGCAGUGUCCUAUUGCAAACAUUCAUCAGGACAUGGCAAGAAAAUGCCUUGUUUUAUAUAGCGGCAUGUCAAUGUAGCUCUAAAUAUGUCUUGUCUCCAGAUUCUACUAACUUUGCCAUUCCGUUCUGUAAAUUUGUCUACAUUUCCAAAGAUUGUAAAGAUUACAAAGUGGUGUCUUUAAUAUUACGGGUAAGUCAUAAAAAGUGACAUGUAAUAGUUCUUUAAGCCUUUAAUUUACCAGAUGUAUUUGGUUUUAUCCUACAUUUUCUCCAGAAUUAUGUAUAUAUGCACCCAGACUGUAUUUCAGUGGAAAAGGAGUCACUUAUUGUAUAUUGUGGAAAUCUAAGCACUGUAAAAACAGGUUUUUUUUCACAACUGUCCUAUAAAAUCUGCAUUAAAGUUAAUGUGGAUGCAAAUACAGCAUAAA